GUGUCAAUAUGUGGUUUGGAGGUUAUUAUUAUUUUACUGAGUUUUGAUAUUUUCUUAAACUUAAAUGCAUGGAAACUGAAGUACAAAAAUAUGGGAUCAUAUUAAGUAGAAUAGUAACUCCAUUAGCACAAUGUGUUAUUCACCGUUCGCGAGGAUUUGCCACUGGGGCCCCAUAACUGCUCUGGGGAUCAUCAAAUUGAUUACAGCAAUGACUCUUCACUGCUCGAAUAUGUGGUGGCCCAGGAAUACGUUUGGGGGGCAGUUGAAUUCAAUUUUAUUCGUAUCUUUAUCAGGACUCACUCUCUAUAAUUUUUUGUCAUCUAUGUACCAUGGCCCAGGUUACUUACCCCUUAAAUGGAUGCCCGAAAAAGAGGAAUAUUGUAAUUACUUACAAUUUUGUGGAGUUUGCCACGGAUAUAAAGCUCCCAGAUCUCAUCACUGCAGAAAAUGUGGUCGUUGCAUCCUAAAAAUGGAUCAUCAUUGCCCAUGGAUCAAUAACUGUGUUGGAUGGGGCAAUCACGCACACUUCACAUUUUUCUUAACGUUUGCAUCGUUGGGCUGCUCACAAGCUUCUGUGAUUCUGUGCUCUUCUCUCUACAGGUCCAUUCAUAGGAUGCAUUAUAUUUACCUGGGACAGGAACCCAUUAUCGAAUUGGGUUUGUAUGGGAUGAUCCUGUGCGUUUUCGCACUGGGCUUUUCUAUAGGAGUCGUGGCUGCUGUGGGAAUGCUAUUGUAUUUCCAGCUCAGAGCAAUUCUGAAGAACAGAACUGGUAUUGAGGACUGGAUUAUUGAAAAAGCUACUUUCAGAAGGAGAAAUACAGGAGAGAAAUUUGUAUUUCCAUAUGAUUUAGGUUUUUGGGAAAAUUUCCGCCAGGUCAUCAAUUUCAGUUGUCAUCCUGUGGGAGAUGGAAUUCAUUGGCCUGUUGUUCCUGAUUGUGACCAGUUUUCCUUCACUUUGGAGCAGAUUCACCAGAAGAAUGAGAAAAGACUGAAAACAAGAGUAUACAAUAUUAUCAGGCCUGCGUCUGGUUAUUGGUUUCCAAUAACUCAUGGUAUAAGAGUUUGUCUGAGUUAUCCUUUCACUGAUGAGACCAGGAUAAAGUUAAAUGUAGGAGAUACUGUGAUGGUGACAAGAUGGAGAAAACAUUGGCUGUUCGGUGAAAAAAUUCAAGAUGACUUACCUGCUGGUGAGGAAUCUUUGCUUCGAAGCCGAGGCUGGUUUCCAAGGAGAUGCGCAGUGGAAGUAAUCGAAAAAAAUAGAAACAGUGACAGCCGGCACAACAUUUCAAAUAAGAAGGUUAAGUGAAAGUAUCAUAUUCCAUAACUUGUACAGUGAGAGCUUUUUUAUUUUUAUAUUAUCAAGAUUACAAAGUGGUGAAGUUGUGAAAUUGCUGUCUUGAUCUAGUCAUGUUAGUUAAUUAAGUCUAUACAAUAUACUUUCCAAGUUUUUAAAGACUUUAGAAAUAAAAAUAAUUGUUUUCCGAAAUAGGCUAAUUUAAAAAAAAUACCAUGAGUGUUUUGAUAUUAUUUAUUUUUAGGUAAGUUACAGUUCUUGUUUCUAGCGACCUGAUAAUUUGAAGUAAUAUUUAUUAUUCUAAAAAUAAUUCAGAUUAUUUCUGCUGAUUUUAGAGAUAUGUGAGGAACACGUGUUUUGCUAUGCAAUAGCUUCCUCAAGAGUUUUCCCACUGACUAAAUUCUACUCAAUUUGUGCUUUAUAUAAUAACAAUUUGAAUCUUGACUAUCACCUACAUUAUGACUAAUACUUUUAUAUUUCUGAAGUUGAGGUGAUAACUUUUUAAACAUCAUGAAAGAAAAUGUUGCCAACUCUUCAAAAGGGCAUGUAAUAAACUAAUUACAAUUUAUACUACAUAUAAUAACAAUUUGAAUCAUACGAUCUUCUACCUACUCAGUGGCUAUACAGUCAUGUCAAGAAAUUUUUACUUUCAUUUCAGUGGUGAGUUCAAUUGAUGGGUGAAUGGAAAUAACAAAUUCGACAAACUUGCCCAGCUCUACCAAAUUUUCAAUUAGUUUUUACCUAAUUUCGGGUAAAAUAAAAUAAGUCAUUACACAGGUAGAAGGUCUGU